AUGAUCUUUCAGGUCGACGCACUGGCAAGGCAGCAGCAGUGCAGCACACGAGGGGCGAGGAGAGGGAUGAAGACCCAUUGCUUAUUGUCCCUGUCACUGCAUCUGCACUUGAUCCGUGCAGGUCGGCGCACUGGCAAGGCAGCAGCAGUGCAGCAGGCGAGGGACGGAAAGGCAGGGAGAGGGGGGAAGGCGGAGGAGAAGAGUGAGGAGGACCUAGUCACAAGGAAGCAGCAGCUGCUGGAGCAAGCCGUUCAGGAGCUGCGAGCCAAGUUUGGGCGGGAGGCAGUGAUGGUUCUGGGCGGCACUGAGGCGGACUUGGCCGCCCACCGCGUCCCAGUCAUCCCCUCAGGCUCCAUCGCCCUAGAUUCCGCCCUCGGGAUUGGGGGCUUCCCUCGGGGCCGAGUGGUGGAGAUCUAUGGGCCCGAGGCAACGGGCAAGACAACCCUGGCGCUACAUGUGGUGGCAGAGGCUCAGAAGAGAGGAGGUGCGGCUUACUUUGUGGAUGCGGAGCAUUCGCUCGACAUUGACCUUGCAAAGGCCCUGGGGGUGGAUAUGACUCGCAUGCACCUGUCUCAGCCUGAUAGUGGGGAGACAGGCCUGGCUCUGGUGGAUCAGAACGUCAGGAGCGGUGCCUAUGACGUCAUUGUGGUGGACAGCGUGGCAGCGCUGGUGCCCCAAGCGGAGCUAGAAGGAGAGAUGGGGGACUCCUUCGUAGCCCUGCAGGCACGCAUGAUGUCUCAGGCGCUGAGGAAGCUGUCAGGGGCGCUCAACCGCUCGCAGGCAGUGCUCAUCUUCGUCAAUCAGGUGCGGUCGAAGCUCAUGAUGGGAGGGCCAGGCAUGGGCAUGCCGGUGGAGGUGACGUCGGGGGGGAAUGCGCUCAAGUUCUAUGCGUCGCUGCGACUGCACAUUAAGAGAGUGGCGCAGCUGAAGCAGGGAGAAAAGCACCCCACAGCACCUUGCAGCUCCCCACAGCACCCUACAGCACUCAGGCAUGGCAUCCCUUUAGUGAGUGGCACACACUGGGACGAUGCUCUCAAGUUCUAUGCGUCUCUGCAGCUGCACAUUGAGAGAGUGGCACAGCUGAAGCAGGGAGAAAAGCACUCUACAGCACUCAGACUUGGAGAUGAGUUAGGGCCUGCUCACACUUACUUCUCCUCCCUCCCUUCUCCCAUGCUCUUUCUACCUCCGUCCCCCCCCCAUUCUCUCCUCCCUUCCCGCUCCCCCCGCUUCUCCCCUGCUACCCCAUCAUCCCGUUCUCUGCCUCAGAUUGUUGGUAACCGCGUGCGCGUAACGGUGAACAAGAACAAGCUUGCUCCGCCCUUCCGCACGGCAGAAUUCGACAUUGAGUUUGGGCACGGGAUUUCCCGGGAGGGGGAACUCCUGGAUUUGGGGGUGAAAGAAGGCUUGCUUACGCUCUCUGGAGCGUGGUACAAAAAGGAUGGCGAAGUGAUCGGGCAGGGGAAGGAAGGCGCGAGGAACUUUCUUAAGGAGAAUGUGGAGGUUGCAAGGGAGCUUGAGGAAGGGAUUAGGGAGAGGCUGGGUGGACGGAAGAGAGAGGGGGAUGGGGAGGGUAAGAAGGGGGGAGUGGAGGAAGGGAAAGGUGUGGAAAGUGGAGAGGGAGGGGGAGAGGAGGGAAGUGGGGAGGAGACUGAGGGAGAAGAGAUUGGUUUGGAAGUUGAUGACAGCACUGUUGUCACUGGAGUGUCCGGUUAA